CCCUUCAGAUUAGCAGAGCAUUUUAAAAAGUAUGUUUGAAGUAUUAUAUCUUCCUUUUUUUCAGGAUACUGAUUCUUUCUCAUUUGUAUCAUUUGUUGUAGAACCUCUAAAAUGCAGACCUCCGGCUCUCGAUCUGUGCACUUGAGUGAAUGGCAGAAGAAUUACUUUGCAAUUACGUCUGGCAGAUGUUCAUCAGGACAGAAGGCAGAUGCAUAUCGUGCACAGAUACUGCGCGUUCAGUAUGCAUGGGCAAACUCUGAGAUCUCCCAGGUCUGUGCUACCAAACUGUUCAAAAAAUAUGCAGAGAAGUAUUCUACAAUUAUUGAUUGUGACAGUGUUGAAACUGGCUUGAAUAACUAUGCAGAAGACAUUUUAACUUUGGUAACAUCUCAGCAAACUGACAGUGACAAGUGGCAGUCUGGAUUGACAAUAAGUAAUGUUUUCAAAAUGAGUAGUGUGCAGGAGAUGAUGCAAGCUGGCAAAAAAUUCAAAGACUCUCUGUUGGCACCUGCUGAUGCAUCAGUAGUAAUCCAUAAGGAGGCCAGUGUUGUUGAUUUUCCCAAAUUUAGUGUAUAUGGUUCUGGAGAGAGUAAACUUUCAACUACCUCAAGUCAUGGUACAGAUAGGACCCAGGACACCCCAGAGAACAUACCUUCUUCAAAGUGUCCUCAAAAUGCCCAGACACCUUUGGUGACUAACACUACUCAAAUUUGUCCUACAUCCUUAACGUCCUUAGGUGAAUCAGCCACUGCAAAAUUCCAUGCCACACCAUUAUUCGGAAAUGUCAAAAAGGAAAACCAUGGCUCUCCAAAAACCAACAUAGGACUAAAUGUGUUCUCAUCUAAUCAGUCUUGUUUUCCUUCUGGCUGUGAAAAUCCACGGGAAAGGAAGACUUUUUAUGGUGUUGGUGCCAGUUGCAUUGAUGCACUUUCCAAUCCAAUAUCAAAUAAGGCUUUUAGUAAAAUGGAAGAUAAUUGCCAAAGGGAGGAGAGCAGCCUGCCUACUUUUAAAACUGCCAAAGAACAAUUGUGGGCAGUUCAGCAAAAAAAGUACCACCAACCCCAGCGGGCAUCAGGGUCUUCACAUGGUGGUGUAAAAAAGUCUCUGGGAGCUGGUAGAGCUAGAGGAAUAUUUGGAAAAUUUGUUCCUCCUAUACCUAAGCAAGAUGGGGGAGAUCAGAAUGGGGGAAUGCAGUAUAAACCUUGUGGGGCAGGGCCUACAGAGCCAGCACAUCCGGUUGAUGAGCGUUUGAAGAACUUGGAGCCAAAGAUGAUUGAACUUAUUAUGAAUGAGAUUAUGGAUCAUGGACCUCCAGUAAAUUGGGAAGAUAUAGCAGGAGUAGAAUUUGCCAAAACCACAAUAAAGGAGAUAGUUGUGUGGCCCAUGCUGAGGCCAGACAUCUUUACUGGCUUACGGGGACCCCCUAAAGGAAUUCUGCUCUUUGGUCCUCCUGGGACUGGUAAAACUCUAAUUGGCAAGUGCAUUGCGAGUCAGUCUGGGGCAACGUUCUUCAGCAUUUCUGCUUCAUCUUUGACUUCUAAAUGGGUCGGCGAGGGGGAGAAAAUGGUCCGUGCAUUGUUCGCUGUUGCAAGGUGUCAGCAACCAGCUGUGAUAUUUAUUGACGAAAUUGAUUCUCUGUUAUCUCAACGAGGAGAUGGUGAGCAUGAAUCUUCUCGAAGGAUAAAAACCGAAUUUUUAGUUCAGUUAGAUGGAGCAACCACAUCCUCUGAAGAUCGGAUUCUAGUGGUGGGAGCAACCAAUCGGCCACAAGAAAUUGAUGAGGCUGCCCGGAGAAGAUUGGUGAAGAGGCUUUAUAUUCCCCUUCCAGAGGCUUCAGCCAGAAGGCAGAUAGUAGUCAAUCUGAUGUCCAAGGAACAAUGCUGCCUCAGGGAGGAGGAGAUUGAACUGGUUGUACAGCAAUCUGAUGGUUUCUCUGGGGCAGACAUGACACAGCUUUGCAGAGAAGCUUCUCUGGGUCCUAUUCGCAGUUUACAAACUGCUGACAUCGCCACAAUAACACCAGAUCAAGUUCGACCAAUAGCUUAUAUUGAUUUUGAAAAUGCUUUUAGAACUGUGCGACCCAGUGUGUCUCCAAAAGAUUUAGAGCUUUAUGAAGACUGGAACAAAACUUUUGGUUGUGGGAAGUAAAUGGUACACUUGCAGUUAAAAGGUGGCAUCUUUCUAGUACAAUCUUUUCCAUUUUUCAGCAUAGGAUACUGAGAAUUUAUUGUGUCUUUUAGUGUAUAGUCUGAGUUCUGUAUCUCACAUACAAUAGGAUAACAAUAACUUACAUUUUACAAUUGAUUGAUAUAGCCUCUAUUAAUAGAAGCUUUAUUUGCCUUCCAGCUAUAAACUGAUGUGUAAACCUGUUGAUACAACAUGGGAAUGAACUUUGUCUUUUGUUUCUGAGAGAUAUUUGUUUGAAGAUGUCUAAUAGGACUAAUGAGCUCAAAUUGAAAUUUUUUUUUUAAAUAUGAAGUUUGCAUUUGUAUAUGAGGAUGUGAUUUAUAUUCAUCUUUUACUUAAGAAAGAGGUCCUUUUUGAAAGCUGUUUAACUCUUAAUGUUAGCUAGUAUGCUGGUUUAAAUUCAAAACAGUAUUUAUGUUCAAGUAGACUUAAGAUGUCACCAAAAAGUAUAGUGUGCCGGUUUUUACUUUUGCUGAUUUGUAAUCUCUUUUACAGUUUUCUUCUCUUAAGGUCAAAUCUAGUACCAGAGAUGUAUCCACAGAAUUGAAAGAUGAAGAAUGUGUUAUAUUUUUCAGGAGGUAUAUAUUUAAAAUUAAUACUUUAUUUGUCACUACUUCACAGUCUAUAUAGUAUUGCUCUCUUUCAAAAAUGUUUUCAGAUUUUUAUAAUCAUUUUGUUUUACAAAUAAUACAUGUUCAUUUGAGAAACAUUAGAAAAUAGAGAUAAAUGAAAAGAAAAUAGAAAUCACUUUAAAGGGGAAAAACACUAUUAACAUUAUAGUAUAUAGAGUCUUCUAGAUGCUUUGUUAUACACAAGAGAGGAAUUGUACUAUGUAUUUUCUUGUA